AUUACAAAAUGUAGUUUAAUUUACUAAAGUAUAUUUAAUUUAAUAACAAUGAUAUAGUGUAAAUACCCAAGAAAAGAACAUCAAGAAAAUGCCUUUAACAAUGCAAAAAUAACCUAAAAAAGUACCCAUUUAAAUAUAAAGUUUUACUUCAGUAUUUCAUACGUUUUUUCUUAAGUGACAGAAGAAUAAUACGCAAGGUUGAAUAUCAUUAAACGCAUUUUAAAAACAAAGCAAUAACAAGUAUUUCAAGCAGUAUUCAUUAAUCCAAAAUGUUUAAAGACGACGAUGAGGAAGAGGAUAAUACCUUCGGUGUUACGCGGUAUCCUUGCAUGCCGUCGCUGGUCGCGCUGCAGCAGAUGCGGAACCGGCUGCACCUCGCCAACCUCGGCAAGAAGCUCAUGAAGUGGACCGCUGUCGCCGCCAUGACAGAGCUGAGGAACAUCGCGCAACAGAUUGAUAAUGUGUAUAAAGGCUUCACAGAAGAUAUGUGCGAUGCUUUCAUCAUGCUGGCAAGAUGUCGAUAUUUUAAUCCCAGUCUGAACGAAAUGGUGAUCGAAGGAUGUCCCAACCAGCCUGAAAUAUGCGUGACGUCAUCGACGAAAACCGCAUCAGGAGUGAAAAUAAUAAAAUACGAAAUAAUCGAGAAUAACACUCACCCAUACGAGCACCUCGGAAUAGGAAAGGGAGGUCAGAUGAUUUUAGAUGCGAAAAAAGCAUGGCUUGACUUAUUAAAACGUAUUCUAUUAAUGGUGGAGCUUCGUAAGAACUUUAAAUUGGUCGAAGAAAUGCAAAAAUCCGCCAACAAGAAAAUGAACGUUUUAGGAAAAGUUGUUGUACCAAAAUGUAGAGUUACAUGCGCUUACAUUAUUGACGCAUUGGAAGAACUGGCCAGAGACGAAUUUUAUAGACGAAAGAUGAUUCUAUCAGUUAAGGGGAAAGGAGAAAAUGAUGCGCAAUGCGAGAAAGAUUGUUCGUUAAUUUGUGAAGACGAUGAAAAGAAGCCGCCGCACCUCGCCAUGAAUGAUCAUGUAAAGGAAAUAUUGCAAUUAGUUAAUAGUAUAGACGAUAAAAAGUUUUCCGAGGGCGAUAUCAAAGAUUUUAUAACCCUAGGUGAAGAUCUUAAGAAUAAAUUAAACGAUAGCAUGAAAUCAGAACCGAAUUUGGAUGAAUUAGAUUAUAAAAAUGAUGCCAAAAGAGAUGAGCCAGCAGAAAAAAAUGAUACACAAAUAGCUUUGCCUCUCGAGAUACAGGAAACUAUGGAUCCGAUUGAAGUUGAAAUAAAAGAAAUCACUAAAAUAGUGAGGAUCAGAAAUAAAGAUGGUACAUACAGAGAAGUGAAGAAAACCAUAAAGAUACAAAAGGAAACUAAAGUUAUUGAGAAUGUUUCUAAUAUCAGUUCGUCAAACGAUAGGAUGUUGUAUCAACCAUCCACAUCAUCUUCUAAAUCAACACCUUCCCGUGAAACCAGAAUACAAAUGAUGAAAUUUAAAAAUUGCAAUAUACCUUACGAAAUUCAACAAACAAAAGGGAUUGAACUAGGAAAAAAAUUAAGUGUUAUUCUUUGUGACAGUUUGCUUUUAAAUAGCGAUUUAAGUGAAUCUGGUUUGGAUUUAGAUAUGGAAUAUUUGAAAUCAAAAUAUUUUUGUACGAACUGUCCAAUUUGUAAAGAAUUAUCAAGCGAUAUAUUUAAGGUUCAAGAUAUUGAAGAGCUCUACGAAAAAUAUCAGUUGUAUGAAAAUAAUCUGAUUGCAGAAGAUAUGGAGGAGUUCAGUGAAUGAUUGAAAAUCUAUA